UCCAUCUCUUCUCACAACUGCUACUGCUAGUGCUAAUGGCCUUGUCUAAAUCUUCCCAUCCUCUCCUUCUGUCUCUUCUUCUUCUUCUUCUUCCCACAGUCACUUUAUCUGUGACUUUCAAUUUCGACUCAUUCCCAGUUUCCCUUCCUAAUAUCUCAUAUGAAGGUGAUGCCUUACCCAAUGGCACUGCCAUCCAGGUAACGCGCACCCAGACUGGCGACAAUCUACAGGAUAGCGUCGGGCGUGCUUUCUACAAGCACCCAAUUCGAUUAUGGGACUCUGCCACUGGAAUUGUCUCUGAUUUCACCACGCACUUCGAAUUUGUCAUUGAUUCUAGUGACAUGUCAAAAAGUGGUGAUGGCCUUGCCUUCUUCCUUGCUGCGAAUUCGACUAUACCAAGUAAGUCCUGGGGUGGGCAACUUGCUCUUUUUGAUAGCAGCUUGGACAACAACUCUGUGAGUCGAGUUGUCGCAGUGGAAUUUGAUACAUAUCAAAAUGAAUGGGAUCCGACCCGCAAUCACAUAGGAAUCGACAUCAAUUCCGUUGUCUCCAAGGCUAGUAGGCCAUGGAACAGUAAGCUUCAGAAUGGUUCGAGGUCUAAUGCAUGGGUAACCUACAAUGCUACAACUAGGAAUUUGAGUGUCUUCCUUACCCAAGAGAACAACCCCACCUUCAAUGGGAAUUCUAACCUCUCGUAUGAGGUAGACAUGUCGAAGGUUCUACCGGAGUGUGUAACAGUUGGGUUCUCAGCAGCCACUGGUUGGGCAAUUGAGCUUCAUACAAUUUUGUCAUGGGAGUUCAAUUCAAGCUUGGGUUCAUGUGAGGAAACAAAGCAGCCGAAUGUCAUUGUUGAUCAUAAGGAUAGAAGAUGGAUGGUAUGGAUGUCUUUGUGUCUGGGGGCUUUCAUGAUUGGUGUAUUAGUCUUAAUUUUGAUCGUUUGGAGGAAGAUAGCGAAGAAGAGAAGGGGAAAUGGAGACCUGCACGUGGACGAGGAAUCCAUGGAUGAAGAAUUUGAAAGGGAGACCGGUCCUAGGAGAUUUGCAUACAAGGAGCUUGUUUCUGCUACUAAUGACUUCAGUGAAAAAGGGAAGCUUGGAGAAGGAGGAUUUGGAGGAGUUUACAUGGGGCUACUGAGUGAUACAAAGGAAACUGUGGCUGUAAAGAGGAUCUCUAAAGGGUCUAGACAAGGGAAAAAGGAAUACAUCACCGAGGUGAGAAUUAUAAGCAGAUUGAGGCACAGGAACCUAGUUCAACUUAUGGGUUGGUGUCAUUACAAAACUGAGUUGCUUCUUGUGUAUGAAUUCAUGCCUAAUGGAAGUCUUGAUAGAUACCUGUUCGGGAAGAAAUCUGGGCUCACUUGGGAGCUGAGGUACAAGAUUGCAUUAGGGUUGUCCUCUGCUCUCUUAUAUCUCCACGAAGAAUGGGAACAAUGUGUAGUUCAUCGUGAUAUCAAAUCAAGCAAUGUUAUGUUGGAUUCUAAAUUCAAUGCUAAACUAGGGGACUUUGGGCUGGCCAGGCUAGUGGACCACAAUAGAGACUCACAAACAACAGUUGUAGCUGGGACCAUGGGCUACUUGGCACCCGAGUGUGUCACAGAUGGGAAAGCCAGCAAGGAGUCCGAUGUCUUCAGCCUUGGUGUCGUCGCACUUGAGAUCUGUUGUGGAAGACGUGCCAUCGAACCAUUAGCAGAGGCUUCAAAGGUUAGGUUGGUAGAGUGGGUAUGGGAGCUCUAUGGAAGAGGGAGGCUAAUUGAUUGUGUGGAUGAGGCCUUAUCAGGUGAAUUUGAUGAUAAACAGGUGGAAUGUCUUAUGGUUGUUGGGCUCUGGUGUGCUCAUCCUGACUAUGCCAUGAGGCCCUCGAUAAGACGAGCCAUCCAAGUCCUCAAUUUUGAAGCACAACUGCCUGCGCUUCCAUCAAAGAUCCCUGUGGCAAUGUACUCUGUGCCUCCCACUAAGCAAUCUGUAUUCUCAUACACAUUCGAUCAUUCCAAAUCAUCGGAUGUCACCGAAGAGACUUCCACAACAACUACCUCUUUGACACCUACCAUGUCAUCUACUUCAUAUCUCGUGGAUUCCAGAUAGGAUGUUUCUAAGUAUUUCCAGUCACUGCUGUAUUCAUAUAGGAAAGGUCCUUUAAAAGAAGAUACUUGUUGGCACCAACAUAUUGAUAGUGUUUUUCAGUUUAAAACAAAUCUGGUUAUUUUAGAUUUAAAUCAUGUACUUUCUUACUGAAAUGGUUCAUAGUUAUCAGGAUCACCCCAAAAGGGGGUCGUUUUGGCUCCA